AUGAAUGACGAAGGCAUUAUAGAAAGACCACAUGCUUACCGGCCUGGGGCACUUGGCUAUGCCAUCGAAAACUUUGUUCGCCAACAUGCGGAUGGUCUGACUCACGAAAGAGGCCUUGAGAACUGGUAUCGGAUCCUACGACUUGGGACGAAUUUGGCCACGUUCGAAGGGACUCUUUCAGGUCAUCAAAUUAAAGCACUUCAGGUUAUAGGAGAGUGGUGGGAAGGCAAAUACUCUGUUCGACAACGAGGCAAACGAAUUGCAGAACUCUUCAUUUUCGGUCGAAGCUUCGUAACGACUAAAAUGCACGGAUUCGAUCCGGCGAAGGAAAAGAGUUUCUUUGAUCAAGACAUUGAAGCGUCGCUCUAUCACAAUGCGCUUCAACGAUUGUUCGUCCUGGAGUUUAUAGCAGAAGAAGGUUGGGAAGUGAAGAAGACGAAGAAUGGUGCGGAUCUUAAAAACUCCGAUGCAACUUUUGCGCAAUUGCUGUACGACACUCGAAGCGAUGCCGUCAAGUUCGCGUCUGCGCAGCGUUUGGCCUGGCACUACGCUAGAAGCCCCACUAUCGCGCCUCUCGAAAGCCCCUCCCUCUUCAACCAUGAUAUACCUGCGUGGAUCGAUACUAGCCCUUGGCUUAGUCCAGAAGAAAAGAUUGGGCUACCUUAUUACUUGUGGGAUAUCAAGAACAGGAUGACUGUCGAGACAUCAACAUUCAGAGAUCAACAGCCCAACUAUAUGUGUAUCAGUCACACAUGGGGUCGCUGGCGGAAGCCAUCCAAGGUCAAGUUGAAGGGUGUCGGAUGGCUCAUACCCGAGAACACAAGAUUUGAUGUCACGACACUCCCACAAUUGCUUGAAGAUGCUGACUUUGGGCUUGGUUACAUCUGGCUGGAUCUACUCUGCAUUCCUCAGGAUGAUUCGGAAAUUGCCAAAAGAGAAAUUGCCAGGCAAACUUGUAUCUUUGGUAACUCUAUUCCUUGUGCCAUUUGGUUUGGCCCUGAUAUCCCAAGCUGGGAACCAAUAACCAGGUCUUUGGCAUGGCUCUGUCUCGACUACCUGAACUCGACGGGAUGGGAGGCCGGAAUCAGAAUCAACGACGAAACCCUGGCGGUUGAGCGCCCACCACUGCGGGACCCGAUAGCAACCCCAGACUUCAUGAUGCGGCUGGGUUGUGUCGUAAAUCAUCCUGUUGGUAUCUUUCGCACAGAGGAGAAUGCAGACGGAACUAAAACCCACCACUUGCCGAGUUGGUUCACGUCGUUAUGGACUCUGCAAGAAGUCUGUCUGAGACCGUCCAUGUUCCUUCUAGACGAGAAAAUGCGGGCGUUCAGAGCACGGGACACUGAACCGAUUAUGUUUGACCAACUCAUGGCGUUUCUCAGCGUUGCGCAAAUAGCACAUCGGCCAGACCAUCAUCUCGAUGCUUUUCUGGAUGAUUAUUUGGUUGUGCAAACGGAGAGUUCUGGAGGAAAAUGGAUUUCAGCAGAAAACCGUCAACAAGCGCACGACCUGUUGUACAAGAUGCAUUCUACAGAAACGCGAUAUGCACGGUCGGAACGUGGGAAAGUAAUUCCACGUGGGUGCUUGGAGAUUCUCGAUCUUGGGACUAAAGUACGAGAGAUUCAGGACGUUGCAAGAGAGCCCAUCCGUAUAAUUCGACUCGCUGACGGUCGAGAAUGCAAAAGAAGCCGAGCUAUCGCCAUCAUGUCGGUUCUCGGAUGCACAAAAUGGUACCAGGCUUAUUUGCAAGAAGCUCUCGUGAACCAGGUUUACAAAGAAGUGUUGAUCCUCGGCAGAUACCCACGAGAGUUUCUACAGGAGGUUGCGAACCGCUUUGGAGCUAGCUUCUACAGCUGCGGUCUCUACCCAGGGCCCAACAGUGAUCCGGAGGAUCGUCUCGUUCCUGAAAAUUUGCCUAGUGGGUCUCUUCUCCCAUUCUGCGGUACCAUUGGCAACCCUUAUGGCAUCUCUCCGGUUGCGCCGUUUGUGUCGGCUGAUUUGCAGGUCGGCGUUACCCAUCCUUCCGUCCAGUCUUGGUCUAUCCAGCAGGACGGGAGUGUCUACAUCCCCCAGGCUGCGAUACUUGCUACUCAAAAGGACCUGAUCGAAGGUCGCCAGUAUGACAUUUGGUUCAACAUAUAUGUUACUAGCGUGCUAUUUGAAGAGCCAUGGCAGUCUCGUAGGGCUCUCACACUCCCAGAACUAUUGCCGAUGCUACCGCCCGAAUUGGAUUCCAUUUUCAUCGUCACAAUCGAAGGAAAUGAAACGAGCAUGGGUGUUUUGAUGCAUCGGUUUUCGGAGAAAGAAAUGGUUAAAGUCGGUACUUGGUACACUGCAAAUACGAGCCUCUGGGACAAAUCUCUUCCUUCAGAAACGGUAGAUUGGAUAGUUCGCUGA